CAUAUGACACAUCUCUAAUCAUAACAAAUGUUAGCGGCUGUCGACUAGUCAGUCCAUGUAUAAAUUAAACGAAAACAAAAACAAAACAAAACCUCUCCAGAGAGGUCUGAGAAUGACGCUAUCACACAUACCAACAGCAACGAUUACGUGGCUGUACAUCGUUCUGCCGCUCUUUAUACAUAUGUACUAUGCGCAGCUCAUUGAGAAUAUUAACUUAGUCUCGUUUCUAGUCUGCGACACGGCGGAACGUAUCAUACUGCUUUACGGCUGAUUUCAAGAUGAAGCAAGCAACAAGCUCGUCAUCUGCGUCGUCACCAUGGCUGUUACAAAUUCAAAGCCUGUUAAACAGCAUAAACCAUAUGCUGAUCUUUGUGGUGGGUGCCUUUUUCUUCACGCUCGCCAGGAGUCUGGAAUUUCAGGAUACGGCCAUGCACAUGUUUAUGACGGGCGUAGGAUUUCAUGUACUAAUUGCUCAGGCAUUGAUGUCACACUAUAAGGUAAACCGAAUUACCCGCUGGCUCUCGCACAAGAACAAAUCUCGCUUGCAUGGCGUCCUGCAAUUGGUCGGUGGUUCGAUGGUGCUACUGGGCGCCUUGGGCAAGUUCUCCCAGAAGGAUGUGCACUUUAACACUUGGCAUGGUAGAUUCGGUGUGGCCGCUGCCUUUGGGUGCGCUGCGAGCGUUGUUGGCGGUCUGGUUAACUUCUUCCAGCCCAAAUUUGCGUUGAAAGUAUUUCCACCCUCGGAAAUGCGUUUCCGUCAUAAUCUCUUUGGACUGCUCAGCUUUACGAUUGGCAUGACGGCCAUUUACCUGGGCUACUAUUCAAAGUUCUUUACACGUGUCGUUGAUCAUGAGUUUAUACCUGCCCUGAUGCUAACCACGGUAUUAGUCUACUUCCUGACCAUAAUUGGGCCGGUGGGGUCGCUGCUAACUAAGCUCAAGUACCGCAGGCAAAAGUCCGCGUAAAAGGGGCUGUUGGCUAGGAAUCCAAAUUGGUGAAGGUUAUGAGGCUACAUGAAGGAGAAUCCCCUUUCAUUGAGUACAAUAAAAAAUGAAUACAAAGUAAACUUUCUAAAGCGCAACGAAGGCAAUUUGAAUUGUCAAUUGGCUUGGCGCUUCGCGCUUGGCUCGGUGCCAAAUAAAUUCUUUGACUGCAUAUUUAAUUGGAUAUGCGUUGCAGACAUGCCAGACAUAUUAUGACAAACAGUAAUCUGUCAAUAUAAUG